AUGCCGUUUGGUUUGUCGAACAGUCCGGCAACCUUUGAGAGUCUCAUAGAGCUCGUCCUCAGGGGACUACAGUGGAUGAAGUAUUUUGCUACGACAGCUGCCCCGCUCACAGAACUCACCAGGAAGAAUGCCAUUUUCUUGUGGACAGAGACGUAUGCAGUUUCAUUCGAAAAGCUGAAAGAGCAACUCACGUCUGCCCCCGUAUUGGCAUAUCUGGAAGGAAAAGGCGAAUUCGUGUUGGACACGGACGCCAGUGCGUCAGCAAUGGGCGCAGUCCUCUCUCAAGUCCAGAAUGGCGAAGAAAGAGUGGUUGCAUAUGGCAGCAAGACCUUUGGGCCAACGCAGCGGCGGGAACCCGAAGGGAUGCUGGCACGCUGGAUUGCAUACCUGGGAACGUUUGACAUGAAAAUCGAGCAUCUGGCCGAACGUCUACAUGCGAAUGCCGACGGUCUAUCUCGAAAACCGGGAUGCCAUGCGUGCAAACGAUUGGACUGCCCCGAGUGCCAGAAACCCAGCAUAAAAAGGGUAAAAUGGGCUCGCAGAAGGGUGCCCCGAGCCCAAGUACAGCCACAAGUCUCGAGCAGCAAGAUGAAAAUGCGGCUUCCCGUUACAAGGGCAAGGCAUCGGUACGUGUUCGUCGCUUGUGAUUAUUUCACCAAGUGGGCGGAAGCAUAUGCACUUCCCGAUCAGACUGCACGAACCACCGCCGACUGCCUGGUAUCGCAGCAGUUUACCCGUUUUGGUUGUCCUCGUCAGCUACAUUCUUACCAGGGCCGGAAUUUUGAGUUGAGACUAUUCGCUGAGGUAUGCGAUCUCCUCGAAAUUCAGAAGACACGGACAACGCCAUAUCAUCCACAAUCAGAUGGGUUAGUUGAGAGACUCAACCGGACCAUUCUGGAUAUGUUGGCUAAAGUCGACUGGGAUGAACAUCUUCCGUAUGUCAUGGCAGCCUAUCGUGGCACACCCCAGGAAAACACGGGAGUGAGUCCGAACCUCAUGAUGUUUUGUCGUGAAGUUGGAUCACCCGUGGAGCUGAUGUUCGACCCCCUCCUGGGACCGGAUAGUCCGCGUUACCCGGUGGAGUACGUCGAGUUGAUAAGAAGAGUAAUGCGAGCAGCGCAUGAGCACGCCCGUCAGCAACUAGGCAAAACAGCAGAAAGGCAGAAACGGAAUUACGAUAAACGUGUCCUUUCGGCGACUCUCCAGCCGGGUACCUGGGUGUGGAGGUAUUACACCCCGAAUGCUGGGAAGUUGGGAAAUCCAUGGCAGGGCCCUCUCCUUGUCACAAAGGAGAAUGGUGACCAUGCUCCAGCACGAUGGAAAAUCCCGGAUCAGAAUCCGGAGGAAACAGACGACCCCACCAACGCAACCUCCAUCAGAGGUGGAAUUGGUAAAGCGGCAUCAGGCCCGGCCCAAAUAGUGGAUAACAGAAACCACGAAACGGACACGAGCCGAGGAUCGGAGAAGAAAUCCGGUUCAGAAGAGGAGAAGCAGUCAGGAGAAAGAGACUCAGAUGUGUUGAGCUUACAAAAAAAGCCUGUCUGCGACAUACCGUCAGGGACGUACGUAGAUGUAACGGCGGGAUCAGAGGCCGCAAGCAGCCAUGGAUAG